AUGUCGGAGCUCGCACCCGCGCCUGAACCGCUAUUCCCGCCGCUCAUUCUCGCGAUUUAUAUUGCCUGCGUCUCCGGCGCCGGAGCCCUUGCCAACUGUGCUCUUUUAGCUGCACUAUUCAAGCGAACGAGAAACGGGCUUUUUUUAAUCAUCAUUCAGUUAGUGAUUGCGGAUUUUAUUCAGUUAGCAGCGUUGACUGCACCCGAACUGUGGUCAAAUAACGAACGAACUUGGAUAUUCGGUAGAAGUGGAUGCAUAGCUUACAGAGGUCUCAGUAUAUUGUCGUCUACUGCAUCUUUAUACUUUAUUGCUACAAUCGCACUUCAUACUAUAUCAACGGCCAAUAUUGAAAUAAAAGCUUUGGAAAAAAAGGCCAGUAGAGUUAAUCGUGAAGAUGAUGAAGAGAUUCGAGAUUCCCGCCACAGCCUUGUUGCGAGCAGUGACUCUUCGACUCCUCGAACAAUGAAUGUGGAUUAUCGAUUCGAGGACAAAAGAGUGCCAGUCGCGCCGCCAAGUAUAUUUGUAUGGGUGCUGUCUGCGUCGUUAAGUGUUCCAGAGUUUGCACUAUCCACGACCAUCCGGGAAGAUGACGCCGUUGUCUGCACUUUAGCUGACACGAGUCACAAAAUUAAUAUGCAUUCCAUGAUUGCACUAUUUAAUUUGUUCUUACCAGUAUUAAUCUUAACAAGUACCGGCGGGAUUGUAGUGUGUAAAUUAUAUUCAAAAGUUUCAUCAAAGUUAGAAGGCAAUGAGACUUCUUCGGCCCUGAAGCUAACGUUGUGUUUAAUUAUUAUGUAUAUGUUUUUUUGCACUCCGAGGUCUAUUUUAUAUGUGUAUAGCCUCUACGUAAUUCCAAUGAGCAAUAAAUCAUAUUUAGAUUACGACACGAACACAAUGAUCUUAAAUUUAAUAUUUAGUGCUUUAUAUCUUGCUGCAAUAUCUUUACGACCAAUAUUAUGCAUAAGUUUGCUGCCGAGGUUGAGAAAUGUAUUAACGGUUGGAUUUAGAAAUAUUGACGAGGUUUAG